AUGAUGCUGACGGUGGUGAUGAUGAUGGUGAUGCCCCCCCCCCCCCCUGUGGCGGACAUCAUCAGCAUCACUGGGCCCAUGUUUCUUUGCGUCAGGGUUCUACAGAUACUGAUGGCAGCUCGGACCUCACUCGCUGCCAGCGUUCCCCGCUUUCCGCGUCCCUUUGACGAACAACCCGUUCGUUCGGGUGGCCUUCAGGCUGAAGUGGAGAAGUCAGGCAUGCUCCGUGGAUGGGCGCAGGCUGCGCAGGUGGUGCCAUCGGCCAUGUUGAUCCGUCGACCAGCCGAUGUUUCAGCAGCUUGGGGCUCGGAGGCCUUCGCCGUGACAUCAGUGAUGCAGGUCGUGCUGCGGCUUGGACAAGCGCAGGAUGAGUUCAUGAGAACCCACCGACGUCACCACGAUCGCAGCCGCAGCAAGCGCCGUGAGCGUGAUGGCCGCCGACGCCGCCGUCGCCACUCCAGGGCACGUCACAGCUCCAGCUCAAGUGUUCGCAAGGCCAGUCCAGCACGCGCCGAAGCCGACGCGGUGACGGAGGCUGCCAUGGACGUUGAGGAGGCGCCAUCGGUUACGGAGACCGUGAUCGAGCCCAAAGCAGAAUCCAAAGCAGAGCCCAGAGUGGACCCGGGAGUGCCAUGGCUGUCCUUCCGGCAGUUCGUUUUGUCACAGCCACUGGAGACCGCGAAAGAGAAGGGCCCGGAUCAGUUCAGCAACGAGUAUAAGGCAUACGAUGCGGACCAUAAGCGAGACUGCCAGCAGCGGUUCUGGGCGGCCAACAAGGAGCGUGCUGUGCUGACGGAUUCCUACCAUCCCGAAAGCAUCCGUCGAUGGUCGCU